UGACGGAAAAGAAGAUUCAAAGUGAUGGGGACCGGCAGCCCCUGGAGGAGAGCUCGCCUCUCAGGGGAAAGCCCAGCUGGAUACCCAGGUGUCUCCGCCGGAUGCUGCCUGCUGGCUUUCUGGAUGAAGUGAAGGAGCAGUGCGCGCUGGCUGGACCUGUGUUCAUUUCCCAGUUGAUGUUUUUCCUCAUUAAUUUGGUGAGCAUCAUUUUUUGUGGACAUUUGGGAAAAAUUGAGCUGGACUCUGUGACACUUGCUGUAGCUAUCACAAAUAUAUCGGGUUCAUCUAUUGCUAUAGGCUUGUCCUCUGCAUGUGAUACACUCAUAUCUCAGACAUAUGGUGGCAAAAAUAUGAAACGCAUUGGGACUAUCCUACAAAGAGGCAUUUUGAUUCUGUUACUAUUUUGUUUCCCUUGCUGGGCCAUCUUCAUUAACACUGAAGGCAUUCUACUGCUCUGCAGACAGGAUCCAGAAAUUGCCAGGUUAACACAGCUGUAUGUGUAUAUCUUCAUCCCAGCUCUUCCAGCUGUCUUCCUUUUUCAGUUAGAAAUGCGAUAUUUACAAAAUCAGGGUAUAAUAUGGCCUCAGGUUUAUACUGGUAUAUGCGUCAACAUACUUAAUGCCAUUAUAAAUGCCAUAUUGUUGUAUGGCCUAAAUUUGGGAAUUCAGGGCUCAGCAUGGGCAAAUACAUUUUCUCAAAUUUUGAUGGCCAUUCUGCUUUACUUGUAUAUCUAUUUGAAAAAGUUGCAUGUGAAAACAUGGGGAGGUUGGUCCAAAGAUUGCCUCCAAGAAUGGGGUCUUUUUAUGAAUUUGGCCAUUCCCAGCAUGCUAAUGGUGUGUAUAGAAUGGUGGAGCUUUGAAAUUGGCACUUUCUUGGCAGGUCUUAUCAGCGUGGUGGAACUUGGAGCACAGUCCAUAAUGAUAGAAUUGGCAACAGUUGCUUACAUGGUUCCAAUGGGUUUUUCAGUAGCUGGAAGUGUGAGACUGGGAAUUGCCUUGGGAGCUGGAAAUUUUGACCAAGCCAAGCACUCUUCUAGAGUGGCACUUAUAUGUGCUGUAUGCUUUUCUGUCCUGACUGCCACUUUGAUUGCUGGAUUCAAAAAUUAUAUCCCAUACAUGUUUACAUCAGACAGUGAUGUAGCUCAUCGGCUUUCACAAAUUCUCUUAUUGUUUGCACCAUUUCAUGUGAUUGAAUCCCUUUCAUGUACUUGUGGUGGAAUAUUACGAGGAUCUGGAAAGCAAACAAUUGGUGCAAUUCUAGCAACUGUUGGAAAUUAUGUAUUUGGCCUGCCGAUAGGAAUAACAUUGAUGUUUGUCGUAAAACUUGGUGCUUUCGGCCUCUGGAUAGGAAUGAUUAUCUCUGUUCUGUUCCAAGUCAUCGUUUUAAUUACCUUUACUAUGUUGCUGAACUGGGAAAAGACCAGUGAUGAGGCUAGAAAUCGAGCAGGUGUGAAAUCAGAAGCCAAGAGCCUUGAAGAUGACAGCACUAGUAGAAGUGGAGACAUUCUGCCAUUUGAUAAAGGGCAUUCAUGGGACGAUGACCGUAUUCAAGGAGAGAUUAUCUUGUCUGAUAUUGCUUCUAAUGGCAAAUAUACAGACCAGUUAGUGCUAGAAGAUGACUCCGCUAUUGAAGCUUCAAAUGUUGUAGGAGAAGUCCUUUCUUUGAAACAGCUACUUCUUCGCCGUGGACUGGCUGUUGUUUUCGCCAUGGCUACACUGAUUAUUGGUUUACUUAUUAAAUUUUUUUGUUGGCAGAGGACAAAGUAAUCAUCUUAAGAAAGUUAAAACUGAAAUGCCACUACAUGAUCUGAAAGUCAGUAUUUUGACUUUUUAUAUCAUUACCAAGCUUUUUUACUGCCUUACAAGUACUCCAAAUAAGCUAAGAAACUUAUUGUAUCCUGUUAACUUGAUUGUAUAUUUAUCAUUUGUCUUAAAAAAUAAAUGUUUGGCAUGAAAGUGGCCCUUUAUAAGUGCACCCCUUAAAUUUAAUUCAAAACAUUUUCAGGCAAUUUGACAAAAAACUUGGUCGCAUAUCACCUCUGCAGCUUGGCUAAUGUGACGGUCAGCUUAUGCAUUGAAUGGACUACCUUAUAAUGUAUUUUAUUAUAGGGACACUGGAUGCACCAAAACAACUUUAGCUUAGUGAAGCAAUUUUAAUGUGUAGAUCGUCCCCCUGCAGUCUCAGUGCUCAAUUCUCUGCAAUAUAGGAAAUAAGUCACUUACUUUAUACAGCCAUAGCCACACUUCCCUGCAUGUGACUUAAACAGCCUUCUAAACACUUCCUACAACAAGAUAUAUCUAAUGUUUAACCCUCCUUUAUUGCACAGUCUGUUUAAUUUAGAAUUAUUAAUCCCUGCUCUGUUAAUCGCCUUCUAGACCCUGUGGAGACUGCUGUGUGUGAUUAAAGUUCAAUUUACAGAACAGGAGAUAAAAUGUAUAAAGGAAAUUAAAGAGAUACCAUAGAAACUUCCUCCCUUAGGAAUCUGCAGGAAGUACAUCUAGAGGCUGCCUUAACACUGCAAUGUAAACAUAGCCAAGACAACAAUCUUAGGAACAACUCUGUGAAUGUUGAGUAACUCAGCCAGAACCAGUUCUUGAACAGGUAAAAAGGUCUCUGAUGAGACCUGAAAUUGGUUGUCCACCGACGGUCCCUAUCCAACUUGAAAGAGCUUCAGAAGAUCUGCAGAAAUGAAUA